UCCCGUCAAGCUUCGAGCUUUAUUUAAUUUUCUCUAAGAAGAGUCCUGAAUAUAAAUAUCUCUCAUAGUUUAAGCUUGUGGAGUAAAAUGGGCGUUUCACAUUUUUUCACAUAUUCUUGCAUGGAAGCCUAAGUAAUUUUCUUUUAUCAUUCCUUGUAUGCAUCUCAAUUUGGCUCCGGUAGUAAAUGGAAGUCAUUUACUUCGUGAUUUCAAAUCUGUCACACUAAUAUGAUCUCGUGGUUUUGGAGGUUGUGUGAACUGUUUCUUCAGAACUUGUCUAUCAAAGUUCUCUGUUUCUGCUGAGCAGAGAACGACCAAUUUUCCUCUCACGUCACAUUCCUCGAUCUUGAAAUUACAUUCGUUGUAGUCUUCAUUUGGCAAUUGGUAUCUCUUUAAUGAAUCAAACAUUUUACCUGCAUGAGUUAAAGGUGUCACUGGAACAAGCAGAGAAUAACUUAAGCCUUUACAUACUUUUCCAUGCUAGGAAUACUCGAAUUCCAAAUAUACGGAGAUUUCUUCAGCUUGGCCGUGCAUAUGAAGGCGGACAACGUAAUGACGUAGAGCGUCAGGUGAAAGUGCUCGCAUCACCAGCACCAGCCCCAGCAUUCAUGGGAAAGCAACACCGAAAAGGCCAUAAUAAGGAGAAUAUCCUUAUUCCUCCAUCACCAGCACCAAUCUCAUCUCUAAUCCAUUCCCCCUCAACUCCACCCUUCUUACCUACAUCUCGACCCCUAGGAUUCCCAUCAUCAGCAAAGCCUUCUGCACAAAUAUCCUUUCCACCUUCAUUUAACCUAAAUCCGCCUCCUAUUGCCGCUUCUAACGUAAAACAUGCAACUAUUUGGCCUAUCUAUGCCUCAGUAGCAGCAGGGGUUUUACUUCUCGCUAUAUUGGCACCAUUUCUUCUAUGUUGCCGAGCCAGCAAUGUAGUAACUGUUAGCCCUUGGGCUACCGGUCUAAGUGGGCAACUGCAGAAAGCAUUUGUGACAGGUGUGCCUGCACUUAAAAGGUCAGAACUGGAAUCAGCUUGCGAAGACUUCAGCAAUAUUAUUGGUUCAUUAUCUGAUGGUGUGCUGUACAAGGGAACAUUGUCAAGUGGAGUUGAGAUAGCAGUUAUAGCUAGCAGGAUAAAAUCCGCAAAAGAUUGGUCCAAACAAUGCGAAUCCCAGUUUAGAAAGAAGGUCACAAGUUUGUCUAGAGUUAACCACAAGAAUUUUGUCAACCUGAUUGGGUAUUGCGAGGAGGAAGAGCCGUUUACCAGGAUGAUGGUGUUCGAGUAUGCUCCUAAUGGGACACUUUUCGAGCAUCUCCACAUUAAAGAAACCGAAUCAUUAGAUUGGCCAACACGCCUUAGAAUAGCCAUGGGAAUAGCCUACUGUUUAGAGCACAUGAACCAGCUAAGCCCCCCUUUCAUUCUCAAAAACCUCGACACAUCAACCAUUUAUCUAACAGACGAUUUUGCCGCCAAGGUCUCGGAUCUUGAUUUUUGGAAUGAAGAACAAGAAAGAAAGGCUACCGAUUCUGAUGACUCAUUAUCGUCAGACCCAGAAAGUGUUGUGUUCAAGUAUGGCAUAAUCCUCUUGGAAAUAUUAUCGGGCCGGUUUCCAGUAUCGGAUGGAAGUGGCUUGCUUGUGAACUGGGCUUCGCCCUACUUGAAUCAGGAGAGUCCCAUGAAAGAAUUGAUCGAUCCAACCCUUGAAUCAUUUAAUGAAGAAAGUGUAGAUGCAUUAUGUGAGGUAAUCAGAUCCUGUAUUGAUUCCAAAUUGAAGAAGAAACCCACAAUGGGAGAGGUUGCGAGCAAAUUGAGGGAAAUUACGGCGAUGUCACCAGAUGGAGCAACUCCGAAAGUGUCCCCAUUGUGGUGGGCUGAGCUCGAGAUUAUAUCUUCGGAGAUGAACUGAACGUGAAUAGACAUUUCUGUUUGGGUGCUGGUUUGUCCAUAAGAAGUUUUUCAGACAUAUGAAAUGCGCUAUACAUAAUUUAUGUUUAUGUUUUUUUUUUCUUCUGCAUAUGAUCGUAAGUCAUGUACAGGAAUAAGAGGUGUUUGAUCGUUGACGCACAUAGGAGUUAUGGUUUGCCUGUUUUUGUGAAGAAUGUAAGUGGAACACGAUGAUUGCUUGAAGAAUACGAAUUUAAAUAGUGCAUUGUAUAAUCUUUAA